UCCCGGCCGACAAGGCCCUGCCGGGCGGCGGCGGCUGCGGCCACUACGGCGGCGUCCGGGCCAUGGUCGCGCUGGAGACCCAGGAGGGCGGCUCGCAGGAGGCGGCACCAGCUGCGGGGGGCGCCCCCGGAGGGCGGCGGACGCUGCCCCUCCCUGGCUGCCUGCCCCCCCUGGCCAGCCCCCAGGUGAAGAGAUUCUCAGCCUCCAGACGGAAGCGGCAUUUCAUCAACCAGGCCGUGCGCAACUCAGACUUGGUACCCAAAGCCAAAGGGCGAAAGAGCCUCCAGCGACUGGAGAACACCCAGUACCUCUUAACCUUGCUGGAAGCCGAGGGGGACACCCCGGGUCCUGAUGAUGGGGACCUGACACCCCCAGCUGCGCCGGGCAUCUUCGCAGAGGCUUGCAACAACGAGAACUACGUGGAGAUCUGGAAUGAUUUCAUGAACCGCUCCGGGGAGGAGCAGGAGCGAGUCCUGCGCUACCUGGAGGAUGAGACCAAGAGCAAGGCCCGGAGGAGGGGGCCUAGCCGCGGGGAGGAGCGGCCCAGAGUUGAUCCAGUCUUAACCCCCCGUGAGUGCUUCCAGCGCAUCAGCAGGCGUCUGCGUGCUGUCCUGAAACGGAGCCGCAUCCCCAUGGACACUCUGGAAACAUGGGAGGAGCGACUGCUGCGGUUCUUCUCCGUGUCCCCCCAGGCUGUGUACACAGCUAUGCUGGACAACAGCUUCGAGAGGCUCCUGCUCCACGCUGUGUGCCAGUACAUGGACCUUAUCUCUGCCAGUGCUGAUCUGGAGGGCAAGCGGCAGAUGAAGGUGAGCAACCGGCAUCUGGAUUUCUUGCCACCCGGGCUUCUCCUGUCAGCAUACCUGGAGCAGCGCAGCUGAUAACGGCACCUGGGACACCCCCCCUGCAGCCCCAAUGCCACCCCUCUUACAAGAGCUUCAUGAUUUUAAAUUUGUGGUUGGCACCUGCUCUCUCUCCCCUUGGGGGUGGCUGUGUCUCCCCCCAGCCUCUCCCAACUGCCCAUAACCACCACCAUACUGGGACUUGUAUUUGGGUGGGGAAACCCACCUGGUCCCUUGCAUACUGGGACUUGUAUUCAGGUGGGGGGACCUGCCCAGUUCUGGUCCCUUCCCAGUUCCUUUUUCCAUUCAUUUUCCUUGCCCCAAUUGAGCUUAUUUAGGGGGGAGGCAAUGAGCCUGGGUUUUUAUCACUUUUAAGGAAUUUGGUGUGAUUUGUUGUAUAUUUUUAAAUUUUCCUUUGGGGAAGAAAAACCAAAAACUUGCCCCAGCUGAUAUGGGGGAUUUUUUGGGGGGUGCUUUGCUCCAGCCCCUUUUUGAUUCCCCCUUCCAGUUUGGGGCCCUACCUAGUGCCCCAAGAAUGGCAUCUCGUGUGUAUGUGCGCGUGUGAUCAUUCUCAUUUUAUCCUCUUUUACGGAUCGUGUGUUCCAGGGGGGCUUUAGGGGAACCCUCCUGCUCUAGACUCCCCUCUUCCUUCAAACUGGGGCUCCGGGACUUCCAACCAGAAGCCUCCGCCCUCAGACACCCCUGUUCUCCUGGCUCUGUCCCCUGGGUUGGGGGGUGACUUGGGUCACCCCUGGCCUGGCCCUCAGGAGCAGGAGAGAACCCCCUUAAACUCCCUGUGUGACAUGUGUACGCCGAGAAAAGAGAUUUUAAAUAAAUUUCUGGUGCUCUGG